CAUUGACAGAAGACAGCAUAAUCCAGAUUAAGCAAGAGGAGGAGUUGUGCACUGCGGUUCAGGAGGAGGAGGAGGCUGGAGAAGCUCCUGGAGAGCCCUGCCCAGCAGAGCAAACGUUUUGUGAUCCUGAGGCGUCCAGUCAGACCAGGAAAGGCAACGAGGUGGAUGCCAGGGAGCUGCCAGGCACCGAGGGUGAGGACAUUCCAAGACACCCUGACACAGGAUUUCAGACUUAUGCAAUGGGUGUUUCAUCGUGGAUUAAACAAGAGGAGGAGCCACGCUGCCCUGAACAGCAGCACUUGGAGAAGGAGGAAAUCUCUGCAGAUCCAAGUACAGAGGAGAACACGAAGAGGGACCCUCCAGCAGAUUGCUUUGAGAGCACCACCUGUGACUCAGAGGCACCAGGAAGGCCAGGAGAGAGGUUUCCCAAGGAUCCCAGCCCUGGAGUGACAUGGGACAGUCAGUGGAAUUCAGAAAUGAUGGAAACAAACAGCACUGGGAACGGGAACGGGUACGACCGAGGGUUUGGUGAGCACUUGGAUUUCUUCAGUGCUCAGGAAAAGAGGCCGUGUGUGUCCAAGUGUGAGAGAAACUCCCCGCAGCAGGACCAGCCCCAGGCUCCACAGGGACAAGGGGAGAUGUUUCCAGGCCCCACGUGUGAGAGGGUGUUCCCUCUGCUGCACCCCCAGCUGGGAGAGAAGGGAAUGGGGCCGGGAGCUGCCCCUGCCCCCUGCCAGGGGGGACAGCCCCCCGCGGGCACGGCCAGGCUCUGGGACCGGGACCUGGGCGGGGAGGAACCUGCUGAAAACGAGGAGAACUUCCCCAUGGACACCUCUGGAGCCUGCUGGGAUCCCCCCCCAGCCCGGGGCAGCCCUGCCCACCAGCAGCAGAGCCAGGGCCGGGGCAAGUCCUACAUUUGCAGCGACUGUGGGAAAAGCUUCGUUUGCCACUCGUGGCUCGUCAGACACCAGACAACCCACACGGGAGAGAGGCCUUACAAGUGCUCCGAGUGUGACAAAACCUACAGGAGGAAGGAUUACCUCCUCAACCACCAGAGGAGGCACACGGGGGAGGGGCUUUUCCAGUGUCCCCUCUGCAGGAAAAGGUUUGUGCUCAGGAGGAGCCUGGUGAAGCAUCAGGAAAGCCACGUGCAGGAGGCACACCUGCCACUGGCCAGCUGGCCCUGCACGGACAUCAGGGGCUCCGUGAUGCAUUCCAUAUAAAA